AAAAUUAGCAUUUCAUCAAGCACUGAGUUUAAAUAGCCUUGAGAUAGCACCCUCUGAGUAACCAGCACAGCUUCUCCUGACCUUUCUUCUCUCCUCUCGAGGAAAGAAGAUCUCAGCAACCAUGAAGCUCCUUAUUCUCACCUGCCUUGUGGCUCUUGCUGUUGCCAGACCUAUGGUAGAAAAGAUUUCAGAAAGUGAGGAACAUGUCACCGAAAAUCUUGAGAAGCACCUCAAAAGGAGAGAGAACAUCCCACUAAAGAAUGAACAACACCUUGAACUCAACCGUUAUCUUCUGCCUCAAUAUGAAAUGAUGAAUCUUUAUUAUGACCCUUUUUAUUGGUUUGAAAAAAUGAAUAACCUCAAGAUGACCAACCUUCCAAAAGAAAAGAGAAUGGCUGUCCAGAAAUCUAUUGUUUCAGAUGAUAUGCUGCCUCCUUUUCAGCAUAAACUGCCUGUUUCUAAGUCAAAAGACCUGCCUCUCCUUCGCCCACAGAUCUUGCCUUUCCAGACCCUCAAAAUGCUGCCCCUCUCUCACAAACAGCUGACCAUUCCUAAGAGGGAGAUGCUGCCCAUUUCUGAGAGAGACCUUCUGCCAGUUAACGAGAGAGAAAAUCUACCUGUUCGUGAGACAGAGCUUCUCCUUGCUCUUCAGAGAGAAAUGCCAGUUGUUCAUCAGAGAGACAUUCUUCUAGCUCCCGAAAGAGUAGUUCGAGCUGAACGUGAGAGAGAGAUUCCACGUGAUAACGAGAGAGAGGUUCUCCUCCCUGUUCACAAGAGAGAGAUUCUGCCUGUUCUUGAGAAAGAUAAGAUUCUGCCUCUUUACCGGAGAGAGAAUGUACCUCUUCAUCUGAGAGACACUAUUGAGCCAAGAGAGAUUUUGCCUGUUGUUCCACGGGAAGUCAUGCCUGAAGUGAUGAACCUAGAAGUCUAUCCAUUGCUUCAACCAGUGGCCAACUUUUAUUAUCCCACUGAAAUGAAUGAGAAGAACUAAUAGGAUCACUCAGAUGACUAUAUCCAUCCUGGUAUUUGAUUUGACUGGACUAGAAACUCUACUUGUCAUCUCUCAUCUAUUUUUUGGUGUUAGAAAUAAACCUUUUCCUCCUUGCAUCUUCUGGGAUCCUACAUUUUAAUUGGAAUAUGAAGGAUUUACCUUUUGCCAGUUGGUGACUACCAUGGUAAUUACCAUGGCCAGUUCCCAGAUUCAGAAGAACCAUCUUGAGUGGCCAUCGGAUGAAGAAGCACCAGGCAUAUUUGCCACAUUUCUUUCUUAGUCAUUUUGUAAAGCCAGUUUCAUGAACUGUAUUACUUGUAAAUGCCAGGAUGCCUAACAAUGCUAUACAUGGUCAUCGUCUUUUUUUCCAAUUCUUACAAUAAAUUAUUCUUGCUGGCACAUUGCA